CAUGCGUGUCUCCCCAAAAUAAACCUGAAAUUUGUAAACACAUGUUGGCUCGUGGUGGUGCAAUAUGUUUUUUUCACGCGCUUGCUAUAUAAACGCCGGUCACUAUGCAAGAACAUGUCAUACUCGUACUCAUACACUACAGAAAUCAUGGCAUAGAGCGAAAUACUUGUGAGAAUAAGAUGCCGAACUGGGGCGGUAGGGAGAUUUUGCUAGACGAACCCGGCUGACUUUGUUCAGAAACCGAGGAACCGGAUUUCGCUUUAGCACUAGCAGCGAAGUUCAAAUUUGAUCAACUGAGGAAGAAGUAAGUUACGAAGUUGAAAUUGCAAGCUUCAUUUUAAGAAGAUUUGGCUUUGAAGUGCAAGCAAUCGUCGUCACCAUGGCCAUUGAAGGAAGGGGGAAGGGCCAGGCCGGCCGGAGGCUGGCCAAGGACUUCCACCGUCUGAUGAAGAACAUCGCCGGUGUGUCGGGCGGUCAGGCCCGCUUGGUCGGAUGGGACGAGACGGACCUCAAGAAAGGCAUCUCCGUGUCUGUCAUCCCAGAUAGCGGGCUGUACAAGGAUGGAGAGUUCAUCUUCUCGAUUCAUUGCAGCAGCCGAUAUCCAGAUCGGGCACCUGAUGUGUACUGCAAGACUUUCGUGUACCACCCUAACAUCGACAACGUGCAAUGUAGCGGGGACAUAUGUCUGAACAUGCUCGACGAUGAACAUUGGUCUGGGUCCAUGACCUUGGAGGACGUGGUCCAAGGAAUCCUGUUCCUGAUGCACAACCCAAACCUGGAGGAUCCCCUGAGUGUGCUCUUCAACCCCUGCAUGGAUGAGGAGGAGUUUGAGAACAAUGUGAAGUGUUCCCUGGAUGGUGGGAUGUUGGAGGGUUUUUACUUCGAGAGGAACAGGGUGGUGAGAGGGGAGGGCGGGGCUAUCACUAAAGAUGAGGUCGGGGUUAAGGAGGAUGGGGUCGUUGUCGCAGAUGAUGUGGGUGGGGAGAAAAAUGCUGGCGACAAAAAUGUCAUCACAGAUGCGGGCAAGACAAAGGAAGGCGGGGUUUUAAUCAUAGAUGAAGGCAGAGUUAAGGAAAGGGGGGAUGUUACUACAGAUGACGGUGAGGCUAAAAAUGGGUGAGGCAGUUAUCAUAGGGACUAAGAGAAAGAUGUCACCACAGAUCAGGGUGUGACUAGAGUGUAUGUAAUGAGGCUGUCGUCAGAUGAGAAUGGGGCCACGAAAGUCGGAGUUGUAGUAAAGAGGGGGCCAAGAGUACUGUCACCAAAGAUCAGAGUAGGGUUAAUGAUGGUGAUGUUAUCACCAAUGAAGGUGCAGACCUCACAUGACCGAUGAGGGCGGGGCUUUGGAGCCUUUUGUCAAGACCCUCCCAGUUAAGGGUCCAGAGAACACACGAUUACCUUUAGAUCCAAAUGAAAAAGAGCCAAAUGACAAAGGGUUUUGAUUUGGUGAAAGGCGUGGGUGGGAUAAAGGUGAACUAAAUAUUAUAAGAGUUAGUGGGCAUGGACCAAAGCCCUUUAAAUAUUUUCCGUUGGUCAAAUGCCUUAUUUAUUGUAUGCAUGUAAUGUAAAUUCUAUCUCACGAAUGCAUGUAAUGGUUGAUGAGUACCGCAGUUUGACGUUGAUUAUCCCAAAAUGAACUGUGCUUUAUUAUUACAUCUUAAGCUUUACAUACUGCCUAAAGUCAGAAUUGGUGAAAUAUAAUGUCAUGGGAUGUUUGAUCUACCUUUUUCUCAUGUUAUGUACUAAAGAAACCAAAAUGUCAAACUAUGAAGAGUUUCUGUUCACAUGUACAUUUUAAAAGGAGUAGAUUGAUUUGAACCAACUCACUUCAGUUCAAGUAUCCAUUUAUUUCAGUACAUGUACUUUCAAAAUGUGAUAACAAGCAAAAUUAUUAAGUGUUAAUUAAAUAUACUUACAAUGAACAGCAAGCAUCAUACAUUUUCAAGAAGCGUGAGCUGGUGCAGAAAUCAUCUGCAAAGUAAUGCCAUGGUAAUGCCACUUUACUUUAAUGAGAACCACCUGCUUCUCAUAAAAGAAAUUUUUGAGGAAACAAACACAACAUCUUUUGAUAAUGAGAAUUGGCAAUUUUAAUUUUCUAACUCAUUAGAAACUCGGUUUACACAACAAAAUAUAAAGUAGGAAACAAACAAAAUUUAUUUAUUUGAACAAUAUUGAUUGUAUAUGAUUUUGUCAGUGGUUUCUGAGAACAGUCAUGUUUAACAUAUCCAUUCAAUAAACUGUUUACUUUCAAAUGAAAA